AACCUUUUGUCAAAAGUUUCUCACACAAUUAAAGUGGAGAAUUUUUGACCAUCAAAACCGGAGUGAUUGUUUUGUAUAAGAACCUCUUCAGUUUUCUUUGCGAGGUUGAACAGGUUCUUAUAUUUUUAAAUGCCAAAUUUCAGCCUGUAGGUUCUUAAAUCACUAGGUUCUUAUAUGCGGGUUUUUACUGUACUUCACGCAACACUGUACUGAACUCUUUUCCAUCUUCCGAAGCCACAUAGUGUUCUUCGAUGGCUUCAUUUUAGUUCAGUUUAUGCCGUGCUAUCAUAACUUCUACCGGAUAAAUCAGAGAGAAACUCUGAGACCCACUUUUCCGGGAGCUAGAAAAUCAGCUUGUUUCAAUAUUGCGGGAAGCUCUGGUGGUGACGGAGAAAGAACACCAGAGGAAGCUCAUCUGAGACGUCGUGGAGAGUUUAUUGUUGCGAUUUCAGCAGGAAAUGUUAAGUAGAGUGUAUAGAAUAUGAGAAUUGUACUUCGGAAACAUCAUAAAAUAUUGUAGACUAAUAUUAAAAUAAACUGAUCUUACAGAAAACAAUGAACAUCUCAAUAAUUCCCAAGAUGUAGGCGCCCAUAAAAUAGUCUACACUAAAUUGGAAUUUAGUCGUAUUGGUACACGUCAAGAACCUCUCGGAGCAAGUCGUCGAUACCAGAAAUCGAUUGCGGAUCACACUUGUGGAAGGCGAAGGCUCUCAACAAUGCACCACGCCUUAUACUUCGUGAUAUGUCAAAGUAAAUACUGUUAAUUCAGACAAAACAACUGACUGCUGUUAGCCAAAUGUAAAGCAAAAAACCUCAGCCAUUUUGGUCCUUGGCCAUUUUAAUUGGCGACCUCUUACGGGUGGUAGAUUGUCGCUUGCGAAGGUUGAAAAUAUGAGUUUUAAAAGUCUAUUUUUUUUUCAUUACAUUGUACAAAAUGAGGGUGACUUUUCUUAAUCAAGACAAGGACGUAUUGGUUCUCAAAAUUUCUGCAGCCUGCUAGAUUUAACAAAACACUUUUUUUGUUUACGUAAAAUCAUAAAAUGAGCGAUAAUAAAAAGCAAAGUAAUGUUUAAAAAUGUAAAUGUACGGUUUAGUUGUAUUCUUGGUUUAAUUGUAGCUCUUUGUUCUGUGUAGAUACGUGUGUAGAAACCAGAGGUAAUUCGUAUAAAACAAAGGAGCAUAAGAAUUGAAGGUCUUUUAUUUUCAAUAAAGGAUAAUUAUAUGAAUCCAGCGUUAGCGUGAGUAAACAGUCGUCUAUUCGAGAAGCCACUACUCAGGGUUGAUUUCCAGUGUCGCGUAAUUUUUACGUGCGUAAAAUUAACGUUCGCAAAUAAAAUAGAGACAAUGCAUGAAAGGUCGCUUGUAAGCGUAAAAGUUGAACCUCGCUUCUCGUUUAAGCUCAGCACUUUUUAUAUUGCCUCUACUUUAUUUACGAGAUUAAAAAUUAACGUGCUUAGCCAAAAACGCGUCAGUGGAAAUCAACCUUCAGACAUCUUUUCGUAGGGAAACCAGAGUAGUGGCUCGAAAAACGACAGCUGUUUUUUCAGGCGUAUCCCAGGUAGACUUAAAUCAAAUAUCUCAGUGGUCUUUGAGUGUAACGAAAAGUUAACCGACUAAGCACUUAAUCGCAUUCGAUAAUGCUUUAAUUUUCUUUAGAUACUGGGAAAAAAUGGUGGCAAAGUAAAGAAUUAUGGUAUACUUGACUGACGAAUCCGGAAAAUUUUGGUACCGGAUUUGUUUUGUCGUUUGCAGGCAGAUGUGUGUAUCCGAAAUAAAAAGUCCUGGUUUGGUCAAGUUUCAGGAGAUUUUGAAUCAGAAAUCUAAAGAAAAUACUUCCCGGAUUUAUCAAUAGUUAUGUGUAAACUGUUGGAAAUCCGAAUAAGUUUUUAGUAUAAACGCCUGCGAAUCUGAAUACUCCACAUGUAAAUGUAAUAAAGAGUAAGAGUAAGAAGUUUAUUGUACACACUCCCCUGCGGUGCUUUUCAGUGAUACAAGACAAACCUAUAAUUUAUUAUCAAGUCUAUUUAAAAAAAAAUAUCUACCUAAAAAAGAAAAAAAAAGAUUACCCUUCUGAAAAAAAAAAUACACUUGUGAAUCCAUAAAAAUCUCCUCUAUUGUAAACGAAGCCUAAAUACGAUAAAACAUUAUAGGCCAAAUAUUUAAACGUAGUUUAGCCAGUGUUUAACAAAACCGCGUUCUUUGUCAUUUUCAAUUUGCCCAACGAUUUUAUCUAAAUAUCGUUUAUUGUGAACAGUUUUAUGAAAGCAUAUAGAGAAGAUUAGAAAAGCAUUUAUCUUCUUAAAACAACCCACCAAGGAAGAGAUCUGGAGGUUAAAAGAUUCGUUAAACCGCGGCUUAAUGCCGUGUUUAGACUUGAGCGUGCUACCGAGGUAUUGGAGUUAACUUACCUAGGUAAAUAUUUUGCGUGUGUAAACGCCAACUGAUACCCUGGUAAACACCGCUGAAGACAAUAGAAAGUUAACUAAGGUAAAAGUUCGGUUUGCCCUGCGAAAAGGCAUGGUUAAGGUCGGUAACCAAGGUUUGGAUGACAGAUACAUCCGCUUGCGGUCGCGUAGAAUUUCAAAUCCUGUGGUGUCGGGAUUGCGUCAGGCUCAUUCGAUCACGUUUUCGAGACCAGGUUUCCACGUUUGGUUUCGGUCUACGAAGAAGUUAUGGCAAAAACCAAAGACACAAAAGACACACCAUUCUUCAACAAAAUUUCCGUUUAAUAGAGUUUCGAACCAGAAUUGGUUUCUCGGCCACGACCACGCACGUCUAACGCGCCUUGUCUUGAGAAGGGCAAUUUGUAGCAGAAUUAAUCGCUUUCGCCUCCACCUCUUUAGGUGCUGCAAAAGUAAGAGCUGCUGCAAACUCGAUUCCUGGGUUUGCUGAUCAAGAACAAGAAAAUAAAACGCGAGGACUACAAGAGCCACAGCUUCUCUUUUAAACGCGAGCAUUUAUGCGUGGAUUUAGAAUUUGCCGCCAAUUCGAUUAGAUUGUGAUUGAUGACAGACUUACCUUAGUUAUUUGAGCCCGUAUAAACACUGUACAAAUGUACCAGGGUUUAGUCAGUUAAUGUUUACCUUGGUAAACGCUUGAGUGUAAACACAGCAUAAGUUAGACUUCGUUUAAAUAUUUGGCCCUAUGUAAAUAAAACUGAUAACUUUUACAGUGGAAAUACUGACCUCAAUGUAUGGAAAUUAAUUAUAUGAUUAUUAAUAUAAUCGUUUACAGUGAAUUGUCCGUAAUUUGGUACUAUUCACUCAUCGUUUGUAUGUCAAAGCGGACCUUUUAGAUUCUCUUUGUACGACUACUGCAGUCAUGUAUUAUAAUGAACGCGGUGGAUUUCCUUGUUAUAAAAGUUUCAAGAAGUUCUCAAACUAUGUUUAACUGCAUGCUAAAUCAAACACACUUAUUUGAAGGCUCCGCGAAGUCUAACACGGAAGGUAUUAGUGUUUUGUAAUAGCCAACUUUAUGGACUUAAUGUACCACGUAUUUUGUAUCUUUGAGAUUAGAAAACAUCAGAAAAUAUUGUUACGAACAGUUAUAGUCCAUCCUUUAUCCUAGCGACCUUGAAAGUAAUAAAAUAAUUGGAUAUAAUUGUGUAAACUGGAUCAACACAUUUUUAGUUUGUGGGAAAGUUUAUUUGAGUUUGAACUUACUGAGAAUGAUUAUGUUGCCCUUUUUGCAAAGAACUUGACUAUAAGAGAGAAUAGUACUGGUCUUCAAUCGGAAGAGUACAUUCAUUGUUUUCCCUGUUUUUCAGAAAACAUCACGCCACGUUCUUCCGUGCAAUGUCACCUGCUGCAAGCGAAAUAUUUCAUUAGGUAACCAUUCACCCAAAACAUGACAGCUUCACAGUUCAGAUCAUCGGUCACCUGGGGCAUUACAUCACACCCUUGUGCUACGUUGCACAUUCAGUUCCAUAAACUAAACGCCUGUAAGUUGUAGAUCAUUCAUUUGUGGGGAUCCACUUGAAGGUGAGGUAAGGUAUUUCCUUAAAGUAACACUGUUGAGCGUUUAUUACGACUAGGGGAAGUCAUAGGUUAUAUAGGCCGUUUAUGGGUAGAGCAGGCUAUUUUUAUUAAGUGUCCUUGUAUUGCCUCCACUACAAGAGCUGUCAGUUCGUCCGCCAACACUAAUUUUAAUUUUUCAAUUAAACACACUACCUACAGUAAGACGUUCAAUAUAUACCUACAUUCGGAGAUUAAUUCUCCACUCUUAACCGCCAACGUCGUCUUUCAAACAGCGUACAUUUGCUUUCGAAGCCGGAAUGCAAAAAAAGUUUGCGCUUUUACUUGCUUUGCUUCGUGAUUUACGAGCUUUUCUCGUGUUCUCCUAACAUCCAGCGUGGGUUAUUACGACGGCAAACUAAUAGCAAGUGCAUCCAAAUGGCUCAGUUACUAAUUUAGACUAUUAAAUCUGGACUAUUCUUAUUUGUUUUCUGUCGUUGUGAUUGACUUUACGAAGCAUGGUUCUGCUCCGACCAUGUAUGGUAAAUAAACUCGUUGUCGCGUGGUAAAACCUUUGAGCUUGUUUCUUUUUUUUUCAGCUGAGGGCACAGCGACCGAACAAUAUCGUUUCGUGGCGUAAAACUGAUUGACUUUUAUAAACUAUAACGGUGGGAAAACGUGGAAAGCAACAAAGUAAAAAGACUUAAGCAUGAAAUUACCUUGACCAGCACCGGAAUGAUUCAAGCGCGUUUUUGAUACAUUUGUUCACGUUCGCGAAGUCACUCGUUGAAAUUAGCGAAAUAAAUCCGAAGCAUGAUCGGCCGGUAAAAAUCAUCGUCACGCCACCAGCUGGCACCAAAAAGUACAAAGCAAUCCACCCUUGCAAUCCAGUUAUCUAUAGCUUCUGUUCUCUUACGUUUAGCAAAACUAGCGUGGCGACUUCUAACACAUGGCAAGCUUUGCACUACACUGUAGUCCAAUAGAGUCGUUUUCCCGGGCAGGCUAUCUUUAGUAAUUUACCAAACAUUCGAAUUCACAAUGCAAUUUCUUCGACAGUAAGGGCGAUUUUUUAAAUUGUCGGCAUAGUAAAUUCCAAGCCUCGGAAACGGAAUGUCGAUGUAUCGAUGAAUUUUGAUUUUUUUUUCAUUCGUUCAGGACAGUACGCGAAUUUUGAUAGACUAUUCUAGUCGCACGCGUUGGAUAUGAGAUGAUUAUAGUCAACUGGGCACAACGCGCCUCCUUGGGCUAUCUAUCGUCUCUUAUACAAGGCUCGCUCAUGGAGUUAUGUAAUUAACAAAGCCUAUUAUUAUUCAUUAAGAAUAUUUAGCCGUUUCUGAUUGGCUCCAAUCCCCCGGCUAAUUCUUCAUAACCAACGGGCACUUACCAUAUUUGGAAGAUGCGAGCAAUAUAUACCAUCGAUUCGAUGGUAUAUUUGAUUGGAAAGGAGGCUGCAUGGGCAAUAGAUCAUCCACCUCUAUCAGCGUAAUUCUUCACAUCCUACUGAGCCGCAUUCAAUAGUUGCUAAAUAUGCCACAUCUUGAGAAUUAAUGAAAUCUGUCAGAAUAAUUCCAGGCAAAAUAGUUAAAAGAUUUGGCUGAAGAUAAUUUGAUUUCUUAAUUGGAAAUGUAUGAAGUCUAUAACGAACUAAAACACGAUGUCAGGUUUAGUAUCUCCAUGCGCAAUAUUGUACGCACGCACAAAAAAACAAAGAAGUAGAAGGCAGAAGAAUUUCGCGGAACACGUUGUUUACGUCUCAAAUCAUAAACAAUCGAUGAUCGGCAAGCAAAGAAAUGGCUGAGAGGGCAAUUUGUGGUCUUAUUAUAUCCAUUUUGAAAACACUGGUGAUCCCUGGAAUCUGAUUGGCUGUGAGCAGUAUGAUAUAUUUACGAAUCACACUAUUUUUUGCUCUAAAUCACGUCUGUUCCAAAUGGCGUCAUUCAUGUUCUAAAUCGCAUCAUUUCUUUUUUAAAUCGCACUAUUUUCGCUCUUUAUCACAUCAUUUGUGUUUCAAAUACAAAACGAGAUGCAAAAGCCUUUUUGUAAUUAAGUGGUAAUUGAACAUCGUGUCGUGUAAUUUUGUUCAGACGAAAUUGCACUCCACUCAGUUCAGUUACCAUUAUUGAUGUCUGGUUUAAUCUUUAUUUUCUUUUGCUCGGGCUAUAUGAUAAAGCUAAAUUUAAAUCUAAUGCAAUCUGAUUACAGAAAUCUUGUCCGGAUGUCUUUAGUUAGUAUACAUUGAAGUGAUUUUGGGGAGAAAAAGAACGGGAAGCCGACGAAUGACUUAACAAGAUUUGGGUAACGCUUUCCUGCUUUAGAUUUGUUUAGAAACUACAAUCAAGAUUUAAGGGAGACCCCACAAACAGGACGUAUCGUAAUAGUUGAUAGGAGAUGGCUUAAACUUUUAUUUUAAAAUGACCAUGGUCGCAAACUAUCUUGGCAGAGCAUGAAAUUAAAAUUACCGACUACAUCACAAUUUCUUAAGAGAAAAAUCGGCGAGCUGAUCGUAAGAUUUCUUAUUGACACGCUGUUUUGGAGGUAUGUUGACAGAAAGAACCAAGAGCUUGAUCAUAGCGACAGCGAGCUACAGAUCAUAAUGGAAUGGAUAAACCUGAAACUGUUGGCGUCCCACCGAAGUCCACAGCGCAGUCAAUAAUCAACUAUAACAUUACUUGUAUCAUAUAGCCAUUGAUUGAUCGUUUGAUUGAUUGAGCGAGUGAGGAAAGAACAAAAGCCGAUGUAAUUACUAUGACUAGUUACAGGGGCGCAGAAAUAGUAAUUAUAAUAAUAAUAUCAACAACAACAACAACAGGAAUAAUAAAAUGUACCUUUGCCUUUUUGGUAAUUCGAUGGCAAUUUUGAAUCGUUUUGCAUUCACUCCAAUAGUCAAGCGUGAAGUCUUCCUUUCCUUCCAAAAAAAUAAGUACUAUCAUUCAGGGUAUACAGGUAGAGUUUUAUGCAAUGGUGGGGAUCGUUAAAAUACCCACGGUCGCUAUUGCAUCAAAAAACGACACAGAUCAUCACCAUCGCCCAUAUUUUUUCAUUAUCUAUUUUUAAACUACUACCUCUCCGUUCUGUAUUCUCGCCUAAAAUAGACGAAGACUGCCUGCCGCUGAGAAACCAUCAUCUCUGCUUUCGUUUGCCCCCUAGACGCUGUAGAAUGCAUUACUACUGAAAAUGGCCGCAAGAAUGGCGAAAAGGUCCAUUGAAACUUGUGCAAAUACAUAUCACUACCAUGAAGCACGGGAAAAUACUUGCGAGCAAUUAGCGGUGGUUUUAGUAGAAUUUUCCAGCCUAGCUUAUAGAGGUUUUGGGAGUUCAAUGUCAGCACAACCGAGUCAUUUUCGGAAAUCCAAUAAUACAUGCUCUACAGUAAUAAUGAGAGUGAUAAUAAUAGUUGCAUCUCUUCCAGACUUCUGUGAUGAAGAUGAACAUUGUGCUUUCUGUGACUGUUCUGGUGUUCGUCAUCGCCCAAGUUGCUGCUUAUGACUAUUGGACAGGCUGUGUAUCGAAUAACAAGGACAAAUCGACAGUGUGUAGGAGUGGCUAUAAUGCAAUAGCCUAUACGCCAAAAGUCAGUGCCACCGAGUGUCCAAAUACCUAUAGGCAAAGGAGAUGGUAUUGCUCUAAACGUUACAAACACGGGUUCUGGGCAGGUAAAUAAAUAAAUUAUUUCAUUAAUUCAUUGAUGACAUCAGUGUAAGAGUGCUGGUAUAUAUUCAGUAUUUAGGAACAAAUACGAAGUCUCUUGCCUCUGUUAAUGGAGUUAACGCCCCCUAACGCAUCACAACUGCCAAUAUAACCCUUCUUCCCUCAUGCGCGUGGCCAAGGAUGUCAAGAUAUUUGUUCAAUACCGACGGAGGAAGGGGAAUGCCCUAAGGGGAAAAUCUUGGACAAAUUAUUUAAGGUCACUUAUUAAUUUAACAUAUUUGACAAUCGACAACUUAGAAAAAAAAACAGUGCUUCAAAUGUUCUUCAAGAAGCGAAAGCUUUCGAUUCGCAUGAGUAGUUUCAUGAGCGACUUUGUAUUAGUAGUGUAGGACGCAUCGAAUAAUCGUUUCUUUUGAGGUCAUUAAGUUGACUGUUGACUAUUUUAAGGUCAUGUACUAUUUUAUGCGGUUUAAAUUGUUCCAGGUCCGGUUCACUGUUUCUUGGCGGGCAUAAUUACGUUACGACUCAGUAAUGACUUAGCGCUUAUUCCUUUUACAACAUAGGUCAAACAGUGGAUGAACUUCUUUCUUCUUAAUUAACUACUCCAAAAGCGACUAGAGAACUAACUAGGGAACCUUCCCAACGGGUUACACCACCUGAAAAUGGCACAUGACAUUAUCAUUAUGAGAUUUCCCGGCAUUUUGUUCAUGAGAUUAAGACAAAAGGCUGUGACGUCAUCGGCGCUAAUGUAUUUCAAUGAAAUCCCCCACCCCUCAAAAAAGGAUAAUUCGGUGCACCCUAUACUACUUGUAUCCAAUGUUUUAGUUUAAUUGUGUUCGUGAGUUCAUCGGGGUGGGAGUUAACUGUGGUUUCUGUAGCAUGAAGCGAUUGGGAAUACUGCUGCCUCACCCUGGAUCGAAUGCUAGUCUAUCGCAAGCCGUUGCUUAUUUAAGAUUGAUGGUAACUGAACUGUGAAUGUCUGAGUUGGUCAGUGAUUGCAGUGGUUGAACUACGACAGAGCUAAUCCAUUUAGCAAAGAAAUUUCAAAACUUAGAGCAACAAUUUCAAAUUUUCGUUCGAAUCGCUCGAACUUCAUGAGCGAUGUAAAAUGGGGCUACGUAACAGAAAGUUUGUUUCAUAUUCCCAGGAGAAGAUUGUAAAUAGCCGGCAGUCACAAAACCAACUCUGAAAAGGGACGAGGGACCGGACCUCCUGACAAGUUAAAAUUCUCUUCUGGGAAUAUGUAACAAGCUUUCUUUGAAACUCACUUCCUGUUCAUCGACGGUGCUGUGGCAGUGGACUCUGUUAUGACGUGAGGGAGGAAGAGAGAGAAAGAAUAUUCGUCAUAUGUCACCGGGAGUAGUAGAAAGGAAAGACUUGCAGCAUAACGUGCUAGUACAAUUCAGGAUGAGGAUAAACGACCAUUGUAUCAAAUGUCAUGGAUUUGAAUGAUGUGAAUCUAUAGCUACGGUAAAAUGGGCAACCAAACCGUGCAACUUGUUGUGCGACAUUGCUGCAAAAUGAGUUCAAAAGCAACGUUUCUUGUGUUACUAAACACGUUCAAACCAAAUCAGGUCGUUGCAAGUUGUGUGAAUACUGACUUCGGAUUGGAUAAAAUUACUGGAGAGUCACGCCGUCAUGCUGAAAAACAAAAUUGUUGGGCCAGUAAAACGCGCAACAUGUACAGAUUUUGUUGCAAAAAGAAGAGCAACUCCCUUCUUUCCUUCUUUCCGCAACCUGCAACAACCUGAUUUGUUGCAAGACAGUUUGAUUCGUGGGUGGUUAAUGCGCAACGUGGCUGGCUGUUCAACUCUUUUUGAAGCAAUGUUGCAAAAGGAGAUGCACGUUUUUGUUGCUCUUUUUGUUGUAUCUUAAUCCCUGGUCGUGUGCUCUAAUCCUGAACUGAGCUACUUUGGUAGUCUCGUAGCGGGUCAUCCAGAACGCAUUUCACAUGAAGGUAGCAAAUGGCCAAGCUUGUGUACCAACGAGUCUUGUAAUAGCUUAGUGGUAUAAAACAUCCAACCUGCCUACGCUUGCUACAUGAGGUAGAUCACAUCGUAGCUUUCUCGCCUUUAAAUUUGUUUUAUGCCUAUACUGCAAUAGUACCAUAUCUUCUUACACUUUUCCUUUCUGCAGGUGAUGCACCAUUCUGCGCAAAAGUACGAAAACACGAAAGAUAUUGCCGGAAGAAGGGUUGGCACAACACCGGACAUCAAAGUAGUAUGGGAGAUGGUAAAUCCUGCUGGAGUGGAAUAAAGCUUCUGUGCGCACAUAAUUAAAAUGAAUGUCAGAUCGGCAAUGUACACAGAAGUUAAAAAAAGCAGCGAUUGUAAAGUGCAUUUGCCCGAAACGAUAUUAAAAGCUGUUUUAAAAUCGAUGCAAUUACAAAUUUUUCUUAAACUGCAGUUGAUAACAGAUAGUGUCCUUCUAGAGCUCCUAUCAUCUUUCCAGGGGACAUUACUUUGUUUGUUUAUGGGACAACCGUUUUUCUAAUGGCAGUUACUGUAUGUAUUUCAUUUCCUGGUGCGUGACCACCACGUAACUACAAUUUGCAUUUCUUGGUAAGGGAUCGCUUUAGAAGUAAAUAAUUACUAUGAAGCUAUUUAAAUGCGUUGGUCAGUGGCUUUCAUCAGAAUAGAAAUCAAAUUUGGCACUUAUGACUCUUUUCCUCAUGUCGCCAAUACUUGAAGAAUUCGCGUUGGGUUUGGUAAUGAAAUGAAAAACGUUUCCCAGUUGUAGAUUGAUUAUUUUCGACAAUCAAAAUCGUAAAGGGUAUGAAGCGAGAUGUAAAGAAUCAUCAAUAAGAGGACACAGAAAAAAUGUAAGCCCCAGAUGGGAUUCGAACCCACGAUCCUCUGUUUUCUAGAUCGGAUGUUUUAACCUCUGAGUUACUGAGGACUCGUUGGCGAGCAAGGGUCAUUUUUGUGGCUUGGACUUGCGAACCGCAUCACGCAGUCACGCAGUCCAUCACAAGGAACACAUUAAGGCUUAACUGCAUCACGCAGUCACAUUAAUGGCAAGAAAUGUCUCGCCUAUUCUUUACAUCUCCCUUUAUUUCCUGUAUAAUACUAAUAUCAAUCAACAUCGUAAUGGAAAAAGGAAAUAUCUUUUGCGUUUUUAGCAGUGGAGGAUAAAUUAACAAAUUAUCUGGGAACGUUCAACUUUCUUUGGAUACCCGAACUACACUGACAGCAGCCUCUCCAGCAGCCUCCCCGGAACAACUUACAGAAGUUGAAAACAAAUCACAAUAAACUCUUUAAAAGUCGGGAAUGACCCGUAAGAGGAAGAGCAGUGCUCCACACCAAAAAGUACCGUUGAAUAGAAAAGCUGCUAUCAAACCCGUAGAGUUUGAGGAUGAGUAAAAUUGACAAAUUUCAUUUCAUUUUUUUUGGCUAAUCCAAAUUCACAAUUUUAUUUUCUCACUGCCCACAAAGAUCAAAGGCUAGUAUAUACAUGUAGAUAUAGAAAAACAACACAAAAAAAGCACUCCAAAUGUUAUCCAAUUCACAAGUAAACAAAAGUAAUUUACAUAAAUGUACAAACGAUAAAGAACAGAAGAAAAGUCGAGUUAAAACAAUUCGUUUGAGGUUAACUAGGAUUCAGAAUAUAAAUCAGAAACUUACAAGUACACUAUUAAGACGAUUGCAACGAUAAUGAGUGAAUGCGUUUCGGACGAUUGUGAGUGUGUUGCAUAUGUCCUAGUAAGGGAGGUAGAUGAAGGAUAGAAUCCGGAAGCCAAGUUCCGCUGACAAAGAAUCCGGAACAUGGAGUCCAGAAUCCAUGGCGCGGAAUCCAUAAUCCAACACUGUCUUGGAUUCCCUUAUAUGGGUAGGCUUGAUUUCCGCCGCUCUCUCGGCCCACUGUUCGGAGUAGGAGCGUGGGCUCAUUUCCCGAACAGCGGCUGGUAAUGGAGCCUAUUAUAUGGGACGAAAUUGAGGAAAGUUGUGUUGGGCGCCGGACCAGCGUCCUGCGCAUUAUCACACGUACUGAUUAACGAGCUCUACACUGAUCAGAUUUGUCUCCAUCAUGGUUGGAAACAUGAAAGCUCAGUGCUAAAGUAAUUUCGUUGCCAAAAAUGACAGCAUGAUCCGGUAUGCUGAUUAUACAGCAUACCAGAUUCGCAAAUAAAUUUACUACUGGACUCGAGUCUGGCAGGCUCACAACGAGGAGACUCGUGACUUCACAAUCUAUUUCGAAUAAAAGAUCUUUCCGGAUACCUGGAAAACCUAGAGUACAGCAGGUAUGCAAAAGCUUGUGACUAUACGUCAAUCGUGAAUCAUGGUGCAACGUGAGGCAAACUUGGAAACGUGGCUCCGAUAGUGAAAUAAAGUUGACUGGUUCACACUGACGGAAUUUAUGAUUACGCGCGUAUAAAUACUAGCAGUAACCGAUGGUUAGGAAGUGCAGGCGAACAUGUGCGUUUACCUUAGAGAUGUUAUUGAUGAGAACCGCUUUCAUAAUUGUGUACGUGAAUCAGAAAAAGCCCUUUUAGUUCGAGUGUCAACAAAAGAAAUCGCGGCGGGUCAUGAACGUGGACACUGAAUUGAACGACACAGUAAAGAAGAGUCGUAAUCAAUUCGACGAUUUUUCUUGGAAUGGUGAGGAGGGAGGAGACAUGGCUUUAUUCGCAGGAAAAGAUAAAGUGAAAACAGUAAUGCGUGACAUAUUGUUGUUAAACAACGCUCGACCUGAAAUGUAUACAAUCAUGACUUUACAAAGUCUUAUUUAUAUUCAAUCGGUUACUCAGUCCGUGUUCAAUGACCAAAGGCCGUUGGGAUGCAAUAGAAAAUAGUGGGAAAGCUUAGUUUACCGCUAGAAUUUAAUGCUUAUUGAAGCUUUCAGAUGACAACUUAAUUUACGUGAACUUCUAGACUUUGCUAACACUCCGGCUUAUCUUACCAAAGACUCGUCCCGCUUAAAGCUGAGAUCAAGCUCUAGUUUCAUUUUCCUGGGUACAUUUAGUACAGUACGUGGGUACCUGAAUUAAGUGUGAUCUCGAAUUGAACAGUGAUUGUUGCAUCACUUACAUGUGCAUUCACGUGAUUAGUACCUUGAUCAGACGGACCUUAAACCCAACACCAGGGUCUUCGCUGCUACAUACCAUGCAUGUUAGUACGCAGAACUCGGACAUCCCAAGAAUGUGGACAGAUUUGGCAAAAACAAAAAACUUCGCUAUGCAGUUUAUAAAGUGCCUCUGACCAAGAAUAGUCUGCGGCAAUCUAUACUGGCGAUAAAAAAACACCUAGCGUUUACAGUAUAAAGCUAUUAUAGAGAUUAAGAGUCACUUUUACGGAAAACGGAAAACGUCAGAUUCAAGUUGAGAAUUCCUCAGAAAAGAAAAUAAGCAGAUAAAAACUGUCCACAACAAUUCUUAUGGAUAAAACGGGCGUGAAACUACUUAUUUUUGAGUAGAAGUGUUAAACAGUAAACGGUACUAUGACGUUUGCCGUUUGGCUAAACGUGAAUCUUAAUCUCUCUAAUGGCGUAACGAUGAGCUUUGGCAGCGUUAUAAGAAUAGCGGUAACGACCACAAAAAGACGAUAAUUGUAAAAUACAAUGAGCAAAUUGUCAACUCGUGAGUUUUAUAUUUGUGAUGCUGCUUCGGACGCUUCUUAUUCUUAAGGGACGGAGCAAUGAAGAAACGGGGCGCUUAUUCGGAACGGGGUGCUUAUUCUAAUUUCCUUUGGCAAACAACCGAAUAUAACAAGUAAAGAGUACUCUAGAGGGAAAACAGUAACAGUACAUUGAGUAUAAGUAAUGCAAAAAGGAAGCCAUUUGUGUAUUUGGCUUGACAGUGCAAAUAUUCUUUAUACUACAGAUGAGAAAGAUCCAGAGAUGAAAGCAAGAUUACGGGAGAGGGUAAGAUGAACAGUACAGUUUCUUUGCUCUUUGAAUCGUGGGGGAGGGGGUUUUGCUCGACCAAUAUUUGGCCGUUCAGGGUUUGAAACCCUGAGCCUGUUUAGGACAUAAAAUUCCUAAAAACAUACCCUGUUUAGGACAACAUCCUCAGUUUUACAACUCUGUUUAGGACAAAGGACAAAAUGCACGCUGUCUUGUUUUAAAGCCAUUUAUUGGCAAUUACAAUAGAACAAAUUCAUGUGUCAUUGCUUUUGUAUACUUGGAGUACAAGCAAAAUUCAUCUAGCAAAUCAAGUCAAUCGUGUAGGCAAUACCCUGUUGACAGACUCAAACCAUGCCCUGUCCAGCGGCACAUCCCCGCAUAGUCCAUAUGAGGGAGUACCCUUCGCCCUCGGGCUGUAAAUUUUCUUCUCUUGGCCGCAAUUCAACAUCCAUAUAAUUGAACUUCUGAUACUCGUGACAUAAUUUAAAGUGUUUCCAAAAAUUAUUUAGUAAAUAGUACCAGAUCAUCUUUAAUUCCAGUCUGGGUAUAGAGGUUCUGUUAUAUUGCUUUAAAUUAUUAAUAAAUUUAGGAAAAGAUUUUCGAAACCUAAAUUUGCUAGACACUCAGCUAAGUGAUUUCCUCCUGAGUUAAUUUUCAGGUGAACCAAUACAUGAGCCGCGCGGAGGAGUUGAAGCAGUGUUUUAAAACGAAAUCACACAGUAACCCAGAUGAACUGCUGAAUCGCUACAGCAAGGAAAAUCCUGAACUAAGGAAAGCACUUCAGCUUGCAAACAUCGCUGAAAUGAGGGUAAUUAAUUGUUAUUAUUGUUACAACGUACAUGUUCUUGAUGGCGUUUUAUUUGAGGAAGAAGAGAGAUUGUAGGGACUGAAACAACUCACAGCAAAUGUUGUAGACGGUUCAAAAGUAACCUCUCACUUAGAUCUGUUCAUUCUUUCAAUACUCUUUACGUUUCGUUCAGAGUAUUGAAAGAAUGGGGGUUGUAGCAUUUAACAGCUGAACAAUAAUUUCUUCUUUAUUUUUCUUUCGAUGAGUUUUCUUUUUUCCUAGAUAGCAGUGGUAUACUUUCCCACCCCUCUAAAAGAGAAUCUAGUAGUGGCGGAAACAAAAACUUUAGUUGUGCGCUAGUGGUACAGGAAAAGACUUUGCAAGCAAGCAGAAACAUGCAAUGAAAGUUAUGCCGUGACAUUAACCUUGAUUGCCCUCAAGUGGACUUUCCAAGCAAAUCGGACUUUUACCAAGUAUUUUGCAUGUGGGAAAAUUUGCCCAAAUUUUAUAUGACAAAUGCGGCUGCUGAAAAAGUGAAGAGCCAGCUUUUACACUAUGGAAAGUAAAAAGCUUCCUCACUCAUAAAUUGUCGUUGUGCAAUUCUCCGCUGUUCUAAGUUCUUUCUGGUGUGUUUAGAAAAGAUCUUUCAUCGUAAAAUUUGGCGCCGUUUGAACUGUAGGAAAUGAAUGGCCGCCUACAAUUUGCUUGUGUGGCUUCAACCCGCUAUUUAUAGUGUCAGCUAUAGGAGUAUUUGUACUUCUCGAUAGAAUGUCAGUCCAUUGCAGAAUUCUCUACAGGAUUGUGUUACCAGUAAACAUUUAUACAUCUUUCCCCAGUUUUUCAAACAUAGGAGGGUUUCCCUAAUGCUUGGACACUGGAUGGCGAUUUAUCCGGUGGAUACUGGCCCAGCUAGUUGUUCAAAAGUUGGAAAGCGCUGUACACUAGAUAUGCACGUUAUUGGUUUCCCUAAUACUUAUCCCCUAGAUAGUGAUUUAUCCGAGGGGUAGCACAAUCCCGUGUUUGAACAACCAUGGCCAGUUGAACAUUUGGGGACUGAGUGGAGUGACUCAACGUGACGCAAAUUUUCCACUCGAAGAAUAUAACACUUAGGCAGAGACAAGAUCUUCUUUGAUGUAGAGGCAGGUAGUCAAAAUCCUAACUUAGGAUCUUUGUGAGCAGUUUAGCAGGCAAACUGAUUCCUGAACUGAAGCACGACCAACACACAGCAACUCACCUCGCCGCGCCUCUCUGUGAUGGAAAUCAGUGUAUGCUAUUUCUGCCCUUUGUUCAUAGUUGUUUUUGUAUCUUAUUUUUUAUAAGGAUGAACAUGGAGCGUAUGAGAGUGCCCUUUCGCAGUACCAGAUCGCACUUGAAGCACUUUUACCGAUCUUGUCAGGUGAAACCACCUUGAUUGAUAUAAUUGGGAAGUGGUCAAAAGUCCUGUACACAGACGGGACCCACUAUGCCACGUAAACACUGAUGCUCUCCUUCCCUACCCCCUUCUCCCCCCGAACCCCUUUCUAUUUGAAUAGCCUCCUGUCUAUCGCUAGUGCAAUUAGUACCAAAUUUAAAUAUCUUUGGACAGUUUAUCCAAAAUACAAGCUUCAAGAAUAUAAAAGUGUCUGAUAUCGAAUUUUCCGGGUAAAUAUAUGUGUCCAUUAGACACAUUAUAUGGGUGGUGUCUAGUAUAGCCUCCAGACCCCUGGUCAAGGUCGGCCCUCUUUUUCUUUUUCUUUUGACCAAUUCUUCCCAUAUACGUGUAUUCUGAACUGCAAACCAACAGUGUUCCCCCGAUGAACGGCUAAGCCCGGAUCUUUUGAAACUUUACCACAACAAUUUUGUUCUCGCUAAUUUUCUGAUUGCUAAAUACUUUAGUCUGUAAAGGCUAUCACUUGUUUGCUUAAUUUGUUUUUUUUUAUAUUCAUUUAUUUUACCAUCAAGUACUUUUGCACCAAUGUAAGCAGAAUGUAAGUAAUUAUAGAAAUGCUACUGACAGGAGUUGGCAGAUAAAUUCCCAGAAAACCUUCUUUUCCAGAUCAGAGUCUCUUUCAACUAGCUAGAGUUACAGUUUUAUUUUUUCAAUUUUGUUCCUCUCUUGUUUUUAGGAACACCUCGUGGCCCAUACAAAGAAGCUCUGCAUUUAGAGGCAAGUUUACCGCUUCAUAAUAAAUUUUUGGGAAGUUUAAUACUAUAAUCAGAUGAAUGCAAUUAUUAUUCAGGAGAAGGUCAAAAGCAAUUCACCUGAGCAGAUGCCUUCAUUUGUAACCAAGCCUUUAGUCAUGGUACAGUAGAUGUAAUAUAAUCUCUGGAUUAAACUGCAUUAAGGCAAAAAGUAUGAAUAAGAAAGAACGAAGUCAAAUUUACGUUAAAAGAAAAAAAGAAGGUUUACCUAACAUAGAUGUGCCAGUAGUUAACUCAGUGGACCAUAAUAUUCUUUAACUAUUGCUUUCUUUUCAGUUUUGGCGGGUUGGUUUAGUAGUGAAGUGGUACAAUUAAACGGGGGCGGGGGAGGGGGGUGGUAUUAGCACUCGAAUAGGCCCGAGUUUGAUUAUGAAUUGUGAACUUCGGAUCAUUAUCCUGAACGUCUUUCUUUUUGUAAGGAGGGGGGUUUUAACUUACAUGGCCAGCAUCUAUGCAGAUUUACUUGUCUAUAGAGCGUUUAACCAUUUAAACCUAACAUCUAAAUACAAAUUCUCUUUUCCUGUAACCUGCUAUCGGGGGUUCACCUUUGGGGGAAGCGCGUAAAGGAAGAAGGAUGCCUUUUUUUGUCCUUUUGUUUUCAAAGCAUUAAUGGGGAGAAGCCAUUUAAAUAAAGGGAUUUGUCUUUAGUGCAUCGUUAGUUGAAGGAGAAAUUACUGAUCAUUCUUAGAACUUAAGGGUUAAUUUCAGUUCACGGCAAACAAUCGUUAGUGUAAUGGCUUGGCAAUAUUAUCAUUUUUGUUUCCUUAGCGUUUUUAUUAUCAAUUUUCCUUUUUCUUUUUGUACAGGUCGCUAAAUACAUGAGACGGGCCGAAGAAAUCAAGCUUUACAUUAAGGUAAUCAAUCAUUGCACUGUACCUUCGUAUCAUCAGGAAAAAACUCACUUAAUCUCCCAUUUGAGCUUCUAUUUUAGAUAAUUUCCUAAAUCCCAAAUUUUACCCAGUAGUUAUUACAAGAUCACCCUUAAAGUUUUAUUUCUUAACUCAAAGGACAUAACUGCAUAGUACUGCCUAUACUUUUAAGUAUCACUGUAACAGAGUACAAUUCCCAAAAAUAUCUAUCAUUUUCCUGACCUCAGAUCGCAGGGAUGUCGCGAAAACAAAGUUACCGAAAAUUAGACGCACGUGGUCUGGGAAAAGAGGGUGGUGGCUUCAUUUUUCCUCAAACCCCACGCCUGCCCACGCGUUAUCCGCAAUAGUUUUCUCGAUAUUCUGCGUUCAUCACUAUUUUAGAACGCAGCAUAUUAAGAAAACAGCAGUGUACCCCCAGGUCGCCCCGCGAACUUGUGCGUUGUUGAGCUUUGUCCGAAUCCAGGAGUCUAGACAACUUUAAUAAACAGAAGUUUUCAACAGUACAGGACAACUUCUGUUCAUUAACCGCAGACACACUUGUACCGGCCUCCUGUCCCAGAGGGGUGCUCGCACGAUUUCAUGCGUGGCCUCAAAAUCUUGAAAUACUGACGAGCAAGUUACCCUUAGCAUGUUUCUGUUUAUAGCUAAGCAAAGAAAGAAUGAAAGUUAUACCAAGUUCAGUGGAAGAGGAUCAGUCACGUGAGUGUUAUUUAUACAUCUUGUAUUCUAUGUGAGUUGUAAUGCAAGUUUAUUCACUCUAUGAUUUUAUCAGGUCGCUCUUUUAUUUAAAACAUGUAUGGCCAUAUAAAUAGUGUGCGAGGAAGAGCGGACUUCGUGUAAGUGGUUUGAAAACCAAACCAAUUUUCCUGGGCAAUUGCAACUGACCAGAUUGACUACUGAACCAAUCAGAGUUGAAAGCCUUAAGCAAUUACAUGCAUCCUUGCAAUCGUUAUAACGACUUUCCAUUUCCUCGUUAAAUUCCCUGAGGAAGAACGGCUUUACCGUACGAAAUAUCGAAAACCUCAAGCUCCUCUUCCUUUGCUUUUUUUUGUUAUUUACUCCUUUUGUUUUAGUUAAAACAGCAUGGUUUGGAUACCGUCAUAAAAGUUUUGAGGGGAAAAACGCUGGCAAAGAGAUCAGGAAUAGAUUUGGUUUUACUUAUGGGAAUAAGACGCGAGAUUUUUUAGAGACGUUUGAGUGUAAAACUAAAUCUGACGUUAACUCAGCGUACUUCACUGAAAUGAGGUUUGCCUACUUAGAAAGAGUCCUGGAAUGA